ACGUCAUUUCUCCGACACACUUCAACCCGUACUUCAGGCGGCUGACCUUCGACGUGUCCUCAAUGGAGAAAAACGCCUCCAACCUGGUGAAGGCCGAGCUCAGGAUCUUCCGUCUUCAGAACCCCGGAGCCCGAGUGUCGGAGCAGCGCAUCGAGCUUUAUCAGGUUUUAGGACACAAAGACUUGUCGUCUCCGACUCAGCGCUACAUCGACAGUAAAGUGGUUCGGACUCAGACGGAGGGCGAGUGGUUGUCCUUCGACGUCACCGAGGCCGUGAGCGAAUGGCUGAACCACAGAGACAGAAACAGUGGAUUCAAGAUCAGCCUGCACUGUCCCUGCUGCACGUUCGUGCCAUCAAACAACUACAUAAUUCCCAACAAGAGCGAGGAGCUGGAGGCUCGGUUUGCAGGUAUUGAUGACAGUUUCAUCCACGGCGGCGACCUGAAGGUGUUUAAGAAGCGACGCCACAGUGCUCAGGCUCCACAUCUGCUGCUGAUGCUGCUGCCGUCGUAUCGACUCGAGUCUCAGUCGCAGCACAAGAACCAUCGGUCCAAGAGAGCUCUGGAUGCUGCGUACUGCUCCAGAAACGUUCAAGACAACUGCUGCCUGCGGUCGCUCUACAUUGACUUUAAGAAGGACCUCGGCUGGAGGUGGAUCCACGAGCCCAAAGGCUACGAGGCCAACUUCUGUGCAGGGGCGUGUCCUUACCUGUGGAGCGCUGACACCCAGCACUCCAAGGUGUUGGGUCUCUACAACACCAUCAACCCCGAGGCGUCGGCGUCGCCCUGCUGCGUGUCCCAGGACCUGGAGCCGCUCACCAUCCUCUACUACAUCGGAAAGACCCCCAAGAUCGAGCAGCUGUCCAACAUGAAGGUCAAGUCCUGCAAGUGCAGCUAGAAGACCUCAGAAGACACAAACACGUUUAAACUGCAGCGGUGUUUCCACACAGCCAGAGGAGCUGCAGAAUCAGAACCAUCCAGAACAUAUUCUACAUACAGGAUCAGUGAGUCCUGACAGCAGAAACCUGACUCUGAUUCCAGAACCAGUGUUUCUUCAGGUCAUUUCUUCUGUAAUGUUUGUCGUCAGAGCUGCUGUUUAUCAACAUGCAGCUUUUUCCCAUCAGAGCCUCAGAUCCUGGAUCAGAACCAGUGCAGUGAUUUGGUGCUGAAGGUUCUGAUGAGGCCAAACAACCCAAAGCUGCAAAAACAAGAACAUCUCGAUAUUUAAGAAUUAUUUUGUAGUAACUGAAAAUGAAAUUUCACGCAUGACUCUGCAGCUUUAAUGAAGCUCAGAGUUUAAAAGUGAACCACAUCAGGUCCGAAUGUGACUGGAUGAACAAAACGGUUUAAUUCUACAUUUUAAAGGAAACUACGAUGAAUUUAAUGGCAUCAGCAGCAUGAACUGAAGAAACCAAGACAUGUUUGAUCCUGUGCAGGUAUAAAAACAUUCAGGCUAAUAAAACAUAAGUUU